GGUUUAAGUGUUUGAAUCUGAAGUGGGUCUACACAGUAGGAACUCAUGUCUUUUCUUGUAAGUAAACCAGAGCGAAUCAGGCGGUGGGUCUCGGAAAAGUUCAUUGUUGAGGGCUUAAGAGAUUUGGAACUAUUUGGAGCCUCUUUUUCAAGUGAGAGAAAUUUUAAGGAGUUUGCUUGGAGAGCAGAGGUGAGAAGACCUUCAGAUACCAAGUAGCUGCUUCUCAUUGAGGCCAUAUUGUUACCUACUGAAAAAGAUACUACACUAUGAGAUGGAAAUUACUCAGCUGCUGAGAUAAUGGAGAUCCCGAGAGAUCAGAGUGACUUGCCCAGGGUCACAGAACCGACCAAUGAGGCGAGCUCAGAGUCGAUAGCAUCCUUCUCUAAACAGGAGAUCAUGAGUAGCUUUCUGCCAGAUGGAGGGUGCUAUGAGCUACUCACUGUGAUAGGCAAAGGAUUUGAGGACCUGAUGACUGUGAAUCUAGCAAGGUACAAACCCACGGGAGAGUAUGUGACUGUACGGAGGAUUAACCUAGAAGCUUGUUCCAAUGAGAUGGUAACAUUCUUGCAGGGUGAGCUGCAUGUCUCUAAACUCUUCAGCCAUCCCAAUAUCGUGCCAUAUCGAGCCACCUUUAUUGCAGACAAUGAGCUGUGGGUUGUGACAUCAUUCAUGGCAUAUGGUUCUGCAAAGGAUCUCAUCUGUACACAUUUCAUGGAUGGCAUGAAUGAGCUGGCAAUCGCUUAUAUCCUGCAGGGGGUGCUGAAGGCCCUUGACUACAUCCACCACAUGGGAUACGUACACAGGAGUGUCAAAGCCAGCCACAUCCUGAUCUCUGUGGAUGGGAAGGUCUACCUGUCUGGUUUGCGCAGCAACCUCAGCAUGAUAAGCCACGGGCAGCGGCAGCGAGUGGUCCACGAUUUUCCCAAGUACAGUGUCAAGGUUCUGCCAUGGCUCAGCCCCGAGGUCCUCCAGCAGAAUCUCCAGGGUUAUGAUGCCAAGUCUGACAUCUACAGUGUGGGAAUCACAGCCUGUGAACUGGCCAAUGGCCAUGUCCCCUUUAAGGAUAUGCCUGCCACCCAGAUGCUGCUUGAGAAACUGAACGGCACCGUGCCCUGCCUGCUGGAUACCAGCACCAUCCCCACCGAGGAGCUGACCAUGAGCCCUUCGCGUUCAGUGGCCAACUCUGGCCUGAGUGACAGCCUGACCACCAGCACCCCCCGGCCCUCCAACGGUGACUCGCCUUCCCACCCCUACCACCGAACCUUCUCCCCCCACUUCCACCAUUUUGUGGAACAGUGCCUUCAGCGCAACCCGGACUCCAGGCCGAGCGCCAGCACCCUCCUGAACCACUCAUUCUUUAAGCAGAUCAAGCGACGUGCCUCAGAGGCUUUGCCUGAAUUGCUCCGUCCUGUCACCCCCAUCACCAAUUUUGAGGGCAGCCAGUCUCAGGACCACAGUGGAAUCUUUGGCCUCAUAACAAACCUGGAAGAGCUGGAGGUAGACGAUUGGGAGUUCUGAGCCUCUGCAAACUGUGUGCAUUCUCCAGCCAGGGACGCAGAGGCCCUUCCUGAGGGCUGGCCACACUCCCACCCUCCUGGGCAGAUUGGGUAGAAAGGACAUUCUUCCUGGAAAGGUGGCUGCUGACUGAUUGGGAAAGAAAAUCCUGGAGAGAUGUUUCUUCACUGCUCCAAGGCUUCUGAGAAACAAGAGAAUCUCAACAACUAGGGAUUGGGAGGGUGCAAAGCCAACAUUCCCAGUCCUGUGAGCUCAGGUGACCCCUGCAGAAGGAAGAGAUGCUGUUCUGGCCCUGGGAGCUGAAUUCAGAGCCCAGGGUUUGACUCAUUAACCCCGAGGACUGCCACCUCUUCCCAGUGCUUGCGACCAGCCUCAUUCUGUUUAACUUUGCUCUCAGAUCCUAUAGGUUAUUGAAAGGGCAGGUAGUAAGCUGCCUGCCUCCCUUCCCCCAGACCUCGCCCUUAUAAUUGCCGAGAAGGGUAUUUCUGUCUUUUUAAGCACAGACUAAGGCUGGGACAGUCCAUCCUUAUCCCUAUUCUAGCUUGGGCCCUGACACCUAAAUCUCUCCCAGGGUUUAUGUGUGUGCCUCAUUCCUUUCCCAUGAAGAACCCAUCAUAGCACCUUCUGCCAGCUUCCCUGGUGCUUUCUCCAAGGGUCAUCAGUGUCUUGCCUAGCUUGAGGGCUUAAGUCCUUAUGGUGUGUUAGUUUUGUUGUCAAAACAAAUUAAAAUUUCCAGAGACCCUG